AUGCUGGCUGUUCCGCUUGGGAUGUCAGGGCUUUUGCCUGCAGAAGCACGAGAUGUCACCGAUCUACAGGAUCUUGCUGGCGCGUUUCAAAGCAUAACGAUUGAGGACUUUGUUGAUGGUUCGACAUCCAGCCGCGAAGAGUCUUACCUCGAGGCAUACUGGACAUGGAUCCAUGACUUGAUUCCUGUCAUUCACCGGCCGACAUUCCAUUUGCCCACAGCUUCGCCUCUACUGCGAGCCGCAAUAUUGGCACUAGGUGCGCAAGCGCUGGGAGGAAGAGACCAUCUCAAUGCUCGCAAUCUGCAUGAGCGCUCCAUGAAGAUCCUCACCAAGCUGUCAAAGAGCUUCGAGUUGUUGUACACACACAUCUCCAAUGACCCGGAAGCUCUAAACCUCGAUCUAGGUCGGGCAGAUUCCGUCACGCUGCUUGAAGAUUAUGAUUAUGCCUUGAGCGCUCUGGAAAAAUUCACAAAGCAGCGAAUUCUCCUUUCUUGCUAUGCGCUUGAACAGCAACAUUCUCUCUUGUUUGGCCGCACAAGCUUGGACUGUUUCUCCAUGCCGCCAACCAACCUGCCGUUUCCCAACACACAAGCGUGCUGGGAUAAAUGGCGAUACGACCACGCGCUGGACAUUCCGCCCUUCGAACGAUUCUACGAAGCGCUACGACCUGUUCCGUUCAUGAAAGUACCUUCACGCGCACCACAUGACAUAUUUACAACCACAGUCAUACUGAAUUGUCUCUGUGACUGCAACAACAGCUUUGUAGAGCCACAAAUGCUCAGAUUCGAAGAUGAAAGAGAUCAAAGCACUAUUCUAUCAGCCGCUGAACGUUCGCCGCGAGCACGACUGACUUACCAUACCUUCAUGCUUUGCAGAAGCACUCCUGUUCGUUCGCUCCUUGCGGUGGCCGGCGAGAGCUGGGUGAUGUCAGAGAAGAUGAGCAGUCAGGCGGAGUACACGGCAGCACAGCUUGAAGUGUCACAAUGGGUGAAGGGUACCAUUUACCCUGCUGUUCAAGGCCAAGAAGCACCGACGCAAGAGCAAAACAUCACCAAGGCUCUUGACCAUGCCUUCGAGAUCUUGAAGAUCCACCACGCACAUCCACGUACGGGAAUCAUGUUUCAAGAAUGGGCCGUACACCUUGCAACGAUUCUGAUAUGGGCCUACGUACACAUUACCUCGCGACACUCGCCCAGAUCGACCAAUACACAUACCCUGGAUGUCCCGAGGCUGACGCAUCACGAACUGGAAGUCGCGACUUCGUCUAUUCUUGAGAAUGGAAGCACAGGCCUGACGAGUUGGGACCAAGCACUAUGUGUCUUGACAUGGACUAGGAAACGUUUGGAAAAAAUGGAUGCUGUCCCGCACCACAAUGGAUUGCUGAGUGGAGCUUUGGAUGUGCUGGGCAAAUUAGUGGCUCAUGGGGAUGAGGAAGGGAGAUGGGUUUGA